AUGAGGGGGAUGUUCGGCAGAUUCUGGGAGAAGAGGAGGAAGCGAGGUAGCGUGGAAGUACGACCGGCGGAUGUGGACGCCUCAGCGGCCGGCAUUGAAGAGCAGGGCCGGAAUAUAAAGUCGAAGACUUGGGCGACGAGUGUCUCGCGGGUGGAGAGUUGGCCUGUCGAGGCGAGGCCGCUGAAGCAACACACCUGGAUAUCGUACCUCUAUCUGUUCUUCGACGCCGUGUUGGUCUUGUUGCCGGUGUUCUUCAUACUUCUCAGCAUCGCCGUCAUCACGCUCGAUGGGAAACCGACGAAAGGGAAUGAUCUUGGGAAGAAGGUCGAGUUUGUCAUUGAUCUGGGCCCGACCAUCUUUCCCAUCGUGUUUGCGGCUGUGAGCGGGAGGAGCAUGAAGAUGAUAGCGCGGUUUUUGGCGGAACGAGGUGCUAAGAUCAGUACUUUAGAGCUCCUUAUGGCAAGUCAAUCCGUCUGGGGUACUCUUGAAAGUCAACUGUUGAUGCAACGGGCUACCUUGGUUGGCGUCAAUCUGCUCUUCCUUUGGGCGUUGUCGCCUUUGGGCGGCCAGGCAUCGUUAAGACUUAUGAAGAGGGGUUCUCAAGAGGCGCAAACAUGGACAAAACUUCGAUAUAUGACUUCAGGCCCAGGAGCGACAAUGUGGGGUUUGGCAACCACGUACGAAGAUGGCGGCAAAUUCUUUGAUACCAAGGGUCUUUUCACUGCAGCAUUGUUGGCACCACUGGAUGCCAAAAUUGGCCCUCGAGAUCCAUGGGGAAAUGUUAAGAUUCCCAGCUUGGAAUCCUUAAGUGGCAGUGAGAAUGAUUCCAGUGAAUGGCUCAACGUCCCCGCCAACCUAACAACGCCCGAGUCAUAUGCUUCCCUUGUCGGCCUACCAAUCAUUGGACUGCCCCGAGAUCCAACUUCCUUUAGCAUGGAAUAUACCUACCUCACUGUUUCCUGUGGCAAUUUUAGCCAAACCCCUUUAGAAGAGCCAAUUGAGCCGGGGCGCUGGCAAUUAGAUGCCAAUUGGACUCAGGUGGAAAAGCUAGCGCCAGGAUACAUUUGGAGCAACAAAACUGCCUCACCACCCUGGGGCUACAAUCCGGAAGGUAUCAAACGCAUGACCACCUUUUUCAUCGAUGCCACAAUCCCAAACAAUUGGGAGACCAUGGACAAUGGCAGAUUCGAUGCGUUUGUGGGUUUCAGGAAUCAAACUCUUCUCCCAGAUGAGAGCCUUCGACAACCACGCAAAAUUUUGUACGCCUCAAAGUUUGCAAUAAACCCCGACGGUAACGACUUCCGAUUGAACAUCGGAUCUUGCGAACUAGGCCAGCAACAUGUAGAAGCGAUGGUUGGCUGCCAAGGCAGCGAGUGCAGAGCGAGCAAAAUCAGGAAAUCAUUGACUGACACACGCUCGCUCUCGGUGACAGGCCUCGACCAUCCUUUGAUCAUGAGUAGUAUAGCCCAACAAUUUCCCGUCACGAUCGACUCGCAAUCAAUGUCAAGUCCCAUUGAAAGGUUUCUCGCCGACUCGCUCUCCAUGCCCUUCCUUCAGCAAGUUGGGUUCUCCAACAGAACCUUGGCAUAUGUCGAUGUAUCAAAGAUUCCUUUAGCAACCUUCUCCAAAAGGUUAAGCCUGGUCAUGAACACCUACUAUCAACUCAGCAUGCAGCCCACGGGUUACUUUGGAAGUCUACCAACAAAUCUAUCUCUUCAUGGCCCUGAUACCUUGCCAGUCACCGAUAUCGAUGCGUACCUGCCACCGGACCAGGCUGCCACGAAGAACUCUUUCUCCGAGUGGUGGCAAACAUUUUCUGCGGUGGCACUGGGUUCAAAAGCCCCCUUCAUAGGAGCAACCGCAAAUGCCACAGUGACAUCGACCGAGGAGAUCUUUGUUUGCAAUUACGCUUGGCUGGCCUUGCUGUGGACGUCUUCAAGUAUUUUGUUUCUGACUGGAAGUGUGGCCCUGGUCUUGAAACGCAAAACACUUGGGCCCGAGAUGUUCGGCUUUGUCUCAAGUAUGACAUAUGAAAACCCUUGGGUAAAGAUUCCUAGUGGCGGAAGCAUGCUUGAUGCCAUGGAACGAUCAAGAUUAUUACGCGAUGUGAAGGUGUGCAUUGGUGAUGUCCACGGGAACGAGGAUGAGGGUCACAUCGCCCUUGCAGCUGGGGUACCGUUGCGGAAAUUAGAGAGAGGACGACGCUAUGCAUGA